AUGAAGAACAAGAAGAGAGGCGGCGGCUCAGCUCCCAAGGGACCUAAAAAGGGCAAGGCUUUCUCUCUCGACGAUGACCCCUUCUUCGGCGCCGAAUCCAAGAAGCGCCGGAAAGUCGAGCUCGAUGAGAUUGAGAGCGAAUCCGACGCCGACGUUGGAUCGGACGGCGAGGGCGGCGGAGAGGAGGCGGAGGAGGAGGAGGAGGAGGCUGUAGUGGAAACGGCAGACGAGAAGAGGAAUAGGCUUGCGCAUGAGUUUUUGGAGAACACUCGGGAACUGCUGAGGAGGGCGAAGGAAGAUGAGGAUGAUGAUAGUGGUGAAGAAGAUGUGAAGGAAGGCGAGAUGGACUCGCUUGUUGGCAAGAUGUUGCAGCAGCAGCAGCUCGAGGACAGCGGCCGAGCUCGCCGUGCCAUUGCUUCUAGGGUUAAAAAGCCAGAACCUACUGAUGAAUUUCGGAUAUUAGUGAAGCAUCGACAACCUGUUACUGCUGUGGCUCUGUCUGAGGUUGACCUCAGGGGCUUUUCAGCUUCUAAGGAUGGCACCAUUCUACAUUGGGAUGUAGACAGUGGGAAAAGUGAAAAGUAUCUAUGGCCUAGUGAUGCAGUAUUAAAGUCCCAUGGGGUCAAGGAUCCACAAGGUCGAGCUAAAAAGCAUAGUAAACAUGUUUUAGCACUAGCAGUUAGUUCUGAUGGUCGGUAUUUGGCAAGUGGGGGAUUAGAUCGCCAUGUUCAUUUGUGGGAUACUCGUACACGAGAGCAUAUUCUGGCUUUUCCAGGUCACAGGGGACCUGUUUCAUGUUUAACUUUCAGGCAAGGGUCUUCAGAACUGUUUUCUGGUUCAUAUGAUCGAACAGUUAAGAUAUGGAAUGUAGAAGAUAGAGCUUACAUUAACACAUUAUUUGGUCAUCAAGGUGAAGUUUUAAGUAUUGAUUACCUACGGAAAGAAAGGGUAUUGACUGUUGGACAUGAUCGAAGUAUGCAGUUAUUUAAGGUCCCAGAGGAGUCUCGUUUAGUAUUCCGUGCCCCUGCAUCUUCUUUGGAAUGUUGUUGUUUUAUUAGCAAUGACGAAUUCUUAUCCGGCUCUGAUGAUGGAGGUGUUGAGCUUUGGGACAUGCUACGGAAGAAGCCUGUUUGCAUAGCUAAGAAUGCUCAUCCUCUGUUGGCUGCACAGAAAAAUGCUGAACCAAAGGAUGGUGAUAGAAUCCCAAAUGGUCACAUGGAAAAUGGUAACCACACUUCUGAAAGUUAUGAUUGUUCAUCAACAAAUUCUUGGGUUAGUUCAGUCGCUGUUUGUAGUGGCAGCGACCUUGCUGCAUCAGGAGCUGGUAACGGCUCUGUUCGAUUAUGGGCUAUUAAAAGUGAAAGCAAAGUGAUUCAGCCGUUACACAACAUCCCACUGGUUGGAUUUGUGAAUUCGUUAGCUUUUGCAAAAUCUGGACAGUUUCUAGUUGCAGGAGUCGGGAAGGAACCUCGUUUAGGAAGGUGGGGACUUAACCCAGCUGCUCGGAAUGGAAUCGCAAUUUAUUCCCUUAAGCUUUCAUCAGAAGAUACAAAUACUCCCUAAGCUCUCAAUUUUGACAAUCAUGUAUUCUUGCAUCUCCCAAUUUUGACUACAUUGAGUUGAUGAGUUAUAUGAAAUGAUGUUCUUUUGUAUUCA